UUCGAAUCUUUUGGCAUCAGUGAGCUUUUGAAAUCAACAGCAAUACACAUCAUUUUGGUGGAACACCACAUCUAUAUUCUACAAUACUCACUUGGAUUUUUAUCAUCUUUGGCGACAUUUUUCCUAAAAAAUUAACCAAAAUGAAAGUUUUGAUUUUGACUUUGCUGAUUGUUGCUUUGGCUGCUGCCAUUCCAGUCGAGGUGAAUUCGGAUGAUGAAUCCCAAUUGACUUUGGUCGAUUUGGACAACGAACAAUCAAACAAUGAAAAUAUCCCCGACGUAACCCGUUCAAAACGUUUCAUUUUAAAGAAAAUCGCAUUGGUUAAAGCUGGCGCAUUGGGCAUUGGUGCUUUGGGUUUGGCCGGUGUCGUUGCAGCUAGAAACUCUGGUGGUGGUCCAAACCAAAUUUCACAAGGCUAUGGUCCAGCUUAUGGUUAUAAUUCAGGACCAACUUUCACCACUUCGUAUCCAUCCACUUAUGCUACUAGUCAAACUUAUGUGCCACAACCACAAACGUACAUUCCACCACAGCCACAACCUCAACAACAGCCCCAAUACGUUCCACAGCAACCAUCUUAUGCACAUGUUGGCCCACAACCAUCCUUCGGUGGACCAAUUAACAGUGCAUUAGCAUGGAAAGCAGGAAUCGCCAAUAACAUUGCUAGUGGAAUUUCAAGUGGAAUUGGUGGAAUUUCAAACGGAAUCGGCGGAUUUGUAAGUUCAGGUUCAUUCGUUCAAUCUGCUCCUCCAAGUUAUUCAUACGGUGCACCACCACCAGCUGCCGUUGGUCCAGUGCCGAACAAACCGCUUUAUGUAGUCUGCGACAGCCACAACUAAUGUUUCUUUUUCAUAUUUCGAUUUUUAAGUAACGACUUUUAAUCAUUAAAAAUGUGUAAAUAUAUGUUUUUUUUCGAAUCCAGACUUCUUUGCCAAAAAAAGUAUUAAAUGAAAAUAAUUGUAGUCGACAUCUUAAUAAAAAUCGAAGCGAACCGACAUUCGAAAAUUA